AUGCUGCUGAUGAAACUGAAAUUCGUGACUGUCGGCAUCCUAAUAUCUCUGUCUUCAGUGUUGGGAGACACUCCGGCAAACUGCACCUACGAGGACAUUGCAGGCUCAUGGGUGUUUCAUCUGAGCGCAGGCAACAAGAACCGAAAUGUGAACUGUAGUGAGACGUUUUCCACUAAAAAUACAAUAAAGAUCAGUCUCAUUUACCCUGACAUUGCCAUUGAUGAAUUUAACAACAGAGGAUUUUGGACGCUGAUAUACAACCAGGGGUUUGAAGUUGUGAUUGCAGGAAGGAAAUAUUUUGGAUUCUCAAAGUAUGUUGGUAGUUCGAGUUUCUGUGAUAAAAUCAUCGGUGGCUGGUCACAUGAUAUUCGUGGAAAUGACUGGGCUUGCUAUAAUGGACAAAAAUCAGGGGCUGCAAUUACAAAAACCAACGUUGUUAAAAAAGAUUUUGGCUUGAAGUUCAGUCAUCGAAUAAAUUCCCAAGAGAUGGUUGCAUCAAUAAAUGCAGCCCAGAACUCUUGGCAAGCAGUUAGGUACCCACAGUUUGAGGGUUUACGUGAUGAGGACUUUAUUAACCUGGCUGGAGGACCUAUGUCCGUCAUUCACAGCCGCCCUAAGCCAGCACCACUUACAGAUGCACAUAAGAGACUCAUGGGAAGUUUGCCUGAAAGCUUUGACUGGCGAAAUGUGAAUGGCGUUAAUUAUGUUAGCCCAGUCAGAAAUCAAGGAGGAUGUGGUAGCUGCUAUGCCUUUGCCGCACUAGCAAUGGAUGAAGCAAGAAUUCGAAUACUGACUAAUAACACCCAGAAACCAGUAUUUUCCCCUCAGGAUGUGGUAGAAUGCAGUCCGUACUCACAAGGUUGUGCAGGAGGCUUUCCUUACCUGAUUUCUGGCAAGUAUGCAGAAGACUACGGAUUGGUUUUGGAAGAGUGUAAUUCUUAUAAAGGAAUUGAUGGGAUUUGCACAACAAAUUCUACGUGCCCACGCCAUUACUUUACUAACUAUAAAUAUGUGGGCGGCUACUACGGGGCAACUAAUGAAGCGGUGAUACUACAGGCUUUGUAUGAAGGUGGACCUCUUGCUGUGGGGUUCAUGGUGUAUAGUGAUUUUUCCAAUUACAAAUCUGGAAUCUAUCAUCAUAUUGAUUCCAUAUCUGAUAACUUAGGUCGCUUUAAUCCAUUUGAAAUUACCAAUCAUGCAGUGUUAUUGGUUGGUUGGGGUGUGGAUAAAAAGACUUCGGAGAAAUACUGGAUUGUGAAAAACAGUUGGGGAGAAAAUUGGGGUAUUGAUGGCUAUUUCUGGAUUCGUCGAGGAACAGAUGAAUGUGGCUUUGAGAGUUUGGCUGUGGAAUCAACCCCAGUGUUUACUUUCAAUUCAUAA